AACAGCUUCUAGUCGACUCGGCACAUUGACCUGUCACAAUGCAGGAGACAACUAGGGAAAUAUCACUGGGAUGGAGUAUGUUCAUUUGGCUACAGAAAGAAAGAAAAGUUAUCAUCAUUUCAUAACUGUUUAAUUUCCAAAGACCGGAAAGGGAUUCAUACUCGACGUGUUUACGUUUAGAUUUUAUUUUGGGAUCUAGGAUGGCAAUUCCAUGGAGAAGCCGGUAACAUGUAUUAUGUGAGUUGUUUCCUAUUGAUAGCAUACUGAGACCAACGCUACCUCCAUAAUCACAUAAAGGGAUCAAACCCGACUGAAAUCCUUUAUACCAGAACAUAGUUGCUAUAUUUGAAUGUCACCAAUUACGCAUCGGUGUUCGGUUUGAAGGGAUAUGGAUCAUUUCGCCGCUGAGUGCCUUGUGUCUAUGUCCAGUCGGGCUGUCGUUCACCCUAAAGAGAACAGAGAGUUCAAAACAGAAGCAGCCUGCUGUCCAAGGAACGAUGGAGAAGACAUGGUCAAAGACAACUCCUCUCUUUUCGUGGUGGCGAGGAUUCUAGCGGAUUUUAACCAGCAGGCACCCACGACCACUAGCGAUAUUGCCGAGCAGGCAAAAAUAGCAGAAGGGUGCGUAUCGCCAGCUCCAGUCACAGAGGAUGGGAAUACUGCCACACCUAUCCUCGUCAGCCCCGCCGCCGACCUCACACAAAGAGGCAGUAAACGUGUCAGAGGUCGAUCCGAACCGGAAUCGCCUCAGAAAAAGCACAAAUGUCAUUAUUCAGGUUGUGAAAAAGUUUACGGGAAGUCGUCCCACCUCAAAGCGCACCUAAGGACACACACAGGAGAGCGUCCCUUCCCCUGCACCUGGACUGACUGCAACAAGAAGUUUGCCCGUUCGGAUGAGCUGGCCCGUCACUACCGAACCCACACCGGGGAGAAGAAGUUCAGCUGCCCGCUCUGCGACAAGCGCUUCAUGCGUAGCGACCACCUGAUGAAGCACGCUCGCCGCCACUCCGAGUUCCAGCCCGCGAUGUUGAAGCGGCCGUACGGGUGUGGUGUAGGAAUGGGCGGAGUUAUGGGCGGAGGGAUGGGCGGAGGAAUGGGCGGAGGGCUGGGCGGGGGAAUGGGCGUGGUCGGGAGUACUACACGCCCCGGAUCCCUCAGCGACUACAACAGCCGCUCCGACUCGUCCAGCCCCACCCUAAGCCCCAGCCCCACCCUCAGCCCAGCUAACUCGCCUUAAAGCCCCGCCAAACAGCACAUUCAGGCUCUGCCUCCAACGCCCUGAUGGACCCACCCACCCACUAGACAAGACACACACCCACAGACAGGACAGGACUCUUUCAGUCUGUUUUAGGCCUUUUCCACCACAGGGUUUGGGUUUCUACAUCGGUGCCAUGUGGAAUGUCACAGCCCACAACAGCAUUGCAAUGGAAAUAGGCUAUUUCAAUGUUAUUAUUUUUUAAAUCAUGAUGGUGGUGUUAGACUGGAUCCUCUAGAGGAUCCACUCCAGUCUUUUUACCAUGACAGGUGGUGGUAGAAGGAAUCCUUUCAAAGAACUUGAUGCCUCGUCCCUUGUUCUAACGUCUCACCCUAACCUUGACUUCAAUGGGACUACGCCACAACCCCAGCAGCUACUCUGAUUCGUUAUUUUUGUUCAGUAGGGUUCCUCUGAUUGGCUCUGGUCCUAAUUGGGACCCUCCCCUCCUUUCCAAUGCUUUGUCUGCUUGCUGCAUUGUACUGUCUUCUACAUCAUGUACUAUACUGCCUAUUGGAGAUCAAUCCUUUCAACAGCAAAGACAACAACAACAACAACAGAAUGCCUUUCUGAUUACAAUAUGUCCAUAGUAUAUAAAUGCCGUGUUGUCUGUUUGAGAAGCCUCAUUGUCCCACAUGGUUUAAUAUUGUGUCAUUUAGGUUGUGAUACUUAAAGUUAGAAUCAGAAUCAGCCAAGAAAGAACACAGAACGAGAUAUUCCAUAUUGUAAAUACUUACACGAGGUUACAUUUAUUUGAAAUUGACGAAAGGAGAGAUUUCCAUCUUCAUCCUCAGGAUUAUAAAAAACACACAGUUUCA